ACAUUACAUCGCAAUUUGGUUUUCAGCAUUUAAGUCAGCUUGAGCAAUCCACCAAGUAAAUUAGCCCUUUCCUUCAAACAUGAGUGCAUGCUCAGAAGCAACUGCUUUUUUAAGAACCAAGGAGACGGCCAGGAUCGUCAUCAUCGGAGCGGGGGCCUCGGGAAUAGCAGCUGCUACCAGACUUUUGGAGCAAGGAUUCAAAAAUGUCUUGGUGUUUGAGGCGGAAGACCGCAUUGGAGGACGCAUCAACACGAUCCCGUUUGCCGACAGCGUCAUCGAUCUGGGAGCCCAAUGGUGCCAUGGUGAAGAGGGCAAUGUGGUCUAUGAGAAGGCUAAGGACCUGAAUCUCCUAGGCAAGACCCACGACUUUGUCGUUCAAUUUAUUCGCUCCAACAAGGAAAUCCUCACUGACGAACAAAACAAGGCUCUUAUGAAAUUGACAAACGAAUUCGAUGUGCCUGACGAGUAUGAGGGUUCGGUAGGUGAUGCCUUCAAUGCAUAUUGGAAGGAGGAUGGCCACAAGCUGGUAUCGAGUGAUAGCUCCAUUGCAAAGGAGGCCCAGGACUGCCUAAGGAGGAUACUUUGCAGCAUGGAGGCCUGCGAUAAUUUGUCCGAGCUUUCGACCCGAAACUUUCGAAACUUCGCUAAUAGCGGUGGGGAUCAAUACAGCUGGAAAAAGGGCUUUGGGAAAUUCUUGAGUGUCCUGCUGAAUUCUAGCGAGGAUCAGCCCGGGGACCUGGGAGUUCUUAAGGGACACGUGCACCUCAAUAAACGAAUUGCUAAGAUCAAUUGGAAAGGAGAUGGUGAAUUGACUCUCCGCUGCUGGAACGGUCAAAUUGUUUCAGCGGAUCAUGUGAUUUGUACUGUCUCAUUGGGAGUUCUGAAGGAAAAGCACCAGAAGCUUUUUGUGCCAGCUCUUCCAGCCUCCAAGAUCAGGUCCAUAGAGGGUCUCAAGCUGGGGAGCGUGAACAAGUUCCUUCUGGAGUUCGAGGAGCAGCCAGUGCCGGACAACAUUAUAGAAAUGACCUUCCUUUGGCUGGAGGAAGACCUCAAGGAGUUACGAAAUGGCAAGUACUUCUGGCUGGAGAGUAUCUGUUAUUUUCAUCGUGUGGACGGCCAGCCGCGGUUACUGGAGGGUUGGAUCAUUGGGGCCCACGCGCGGUACAUGGAAACCAUCAGCGAGGAGCACGUCCUCGAGGGACUCAUGUGGCUCUUCAGGAAGUUCCUUAAGUUCCCCAUACCCUAUCCAAAAAACUUUAUUCGCUCUCAAUGGCAUUCAAAUCCGAACUUCCGUGGCAGCUAUAGUUUCUACCCCACUUACGCUGAUGAACUCCGUACGGGACGCACGGAUUUGGCAUCGCCAUUGGUGGAUGUCAAUGGAAGACCGAGGAUCCAAUUCGCCGGAGAGGCUACGAGCCGGAAUCACUUCUCUACGGUCCACGGAGCCACUGAAUCGGGAUGGCGCGAGGCAGAUCGACUCCAUGAAUUCUACGAAGCACGAGCUGCAAACUAAGGCGAUGUCCCA